CAACCAACUAUUUUCGAAAUUUCUCUCUGAUUUUAAGGUUAUAUGUGAACAAAAAAUGUGAACGGAUGUUGUAAUUACUCAAAGGUGGCCAUGAUUUAAAAUAACAAUCAUCUCCAAUAUUUCCAAGUUAGUUUCUCUCUCUAGGAAUUUACAGUUUUCCAGGAUGAUGACAGUGGUUGUUGUUGAUGGAGGCGAGAUCAAUAAUCUAAGCCGCGUUUGGUUAGCCGUAAUCGCUUCUCUUUGUUACUGUCAUUUCAUUUCAGCAACUCUGCCCAAGGGCAAGUGCCGCCUUUUUUCCCUCUCCCCGAUUUUCUACAUCUUCUCCAUUCUUCCACUCCACACAAACUCCGCCUUCUUCACUGCAGUCACUGUUUUCUUCAUCACUUGGCUUGCCAAUUUCAAGCUGCUCCUCUUUGCCUUCGAUCGUGGCCCGAUUUCAUCCUCCGGAGCCCCGAAAUCUCUGCCCGCUUUCAUUGCCACCGCCGCCCUCCCCUUGAAGAUCAAGCCUCCCCAAACCGACGCCUCCCCAAAGAAGUCGAAGAAAGUACUGCCGUUAAAUCUGGCCACCGAAAUCCCAAUCUCCGUCGUGCUGAUCUCGAUACUGUACGAAUGCAGAGAUUACAUCCACCCUAAAAUUGUGCUGGUUGCUUAUUGCUGUUUGGUUUUUCUAUCGGUCGAGAUUUUGGUCGAGGUUUCUAGUUUGCUGGUGGGGGCGUUUCUAGGGUUUGAGCUCGAGCCCGCCUCCGACGAGCCGUACCUUUCGUCCUCGCUCCGGGAGUUUUGGGGCAGGCGGUGGAACCUCACGGUCAGCAGUAUUCUGCACCAGACGGUUUACAGGCCGGUUUGGUCGGCCGCUGCGGCGGUGUUGGGCGGAGACUGGGCGGCGCUGCCCGCCGUGCUGGCGGCGUUUGUUGUUUCGGGGCUUAUGCACGAGUUGUUUUUCUGGUACAUUACUCGGGUCAGCCCGACGUGGGAGAUGACCAUGUUUUUUGUUGUUCAGGGUGUAUGUGUGGUGGUGGAGUUUGGAGUGAAGGUGGCUUUGGCCGGGAGGAAGUGGCGGCUGCCCUGGUUCGUGAGCGGGCCGCUGACGGUUGGGUUUGUGGUGGCGACGAGUUUCUGGCUGUUCUUUCCGCCGGUGAUGAGGAACGGCGCGGAUGUGAGGGUGAUCGAAGAGUUCCGAUUUGUAGGGGAGCUUGUGAAGGAGAAGCUAAUGGAAUAUUCGAAUAGAUACUUCAGCUACAAAAGAAUUGGAUGUUCUAAUUUCUUGAAUUUAUGUAGUUUUGGUCCACUAUGUUGGCGUAUUUAAGAAUUUAGUCCUCUAACUUGUCAUGUUUUAGUUUUACAUACAAUAAUUUUGCGAAUAUAGUAUUUUUAGUCCUAUUUCACAUGAUUUUU